ACGUGUUGCUGACGAGAAAUUCCUGCGCCGGAUGUAGUGCAUGGAAGGCUAAUGCUGAUGUGUUACUAGAAUUUACAACAGAUACAAACUUUUUUGAAUUCUAAAUGAAACGAUAAAAAAGGUUGACCCGAUAUAGGUCGAUGUUAAAAAGUACUUACUGCGCUGUCUUGAAGCAAGCGACAGCACUCUGGCGUAGACCAAAUGGCACCCAAAGGUAAAGUUGGCACGAAAGGCAAAAAGCAGAUCUAUGAGGAGAACGAGUCGACUCUCAAGUUUUAUACAAGAGUCAUUCUCGGAGCAAAUGCAAUUUAUGCUGCUAUAAACAUUGUGGUGUUCUACAGCUCAUCCACGUUUUGGACAUGGCUGCUGCUGGCGUUUGCGCUGGCCGUGUAUAUCGGGAGCUACCGAUCCAUGUCGGCCAUGGCCAAGCCAGUAUUUGGGGAGGAUGGAAGUCUGUUGGACGGAGGAAUAGAUUUAAAUAUGGAACAGGGCAUGGCUGAGCACUUGAAGGAUGUCGUUCUCCUCACGGCAAUUGUACAAGUUCUUAGCACCAUCUCGUCCUACUUCUGGUAUCUCUGGCUGCUGGCACCAGCCCGGGCGCUACACCUACUGUGGGUUAACAUCCUGGGUCCCUGGUUCUCGACCGACGCUCCCUCAGCCCCAGAGGAAGUCAAUGAGAAGAAGCAGAGACGGCAGGAGCGCAGGCAGAUGAAAAGAUUCUGACCCCAACUCCCUCCUUUUAGAGCAGACUGAGCAGUAUUUGGCUGUUUUUAUAUAUACUGAAUCUAAUGUACAGACAGCAAGGAACCCAUAAGUUAUUCAGGUGGACAUUUUGAUAUGUAAUUUAAAAGAAAAAAACAACAGUACAAAUUAAAUGAUAUAAUGUAACUAUUGUAUUAAAAUGAAAUCUCUAUUUCUGCUUUCUCCUUGAAUCAGUCAUUGUUUUUCUUGGUCAAAUGUACAAUCUAAAAUCGGCUUCAUUUGGUAAAUGUUUUUGUGCACUGCAUACAUACCUCUAAAUAGCACAGAGUCUUGACAGGCACUCCACUGCUCUUGAUAUGUAUCUGAACACCGCUGAAUCAUUUCAGCAUUUGCAUCCUUUUGUCAUCACUUUUAAAUACGGACAGCAACUUUUGUGAACUCCUGCGAAGAUGAGUUAGUGUACAGAAAUAGUUUUUAUGUUGCUUCCAUUUUGUCAUGAGUAUUUUUUUCUUUUAAUACAAUAUCAAAUAAUGAAUUGCCAAUUCUCGUGUUUUUCGUUCAAGGCUUGUCUUUCAUAGCGCCUUCAGUCAUUCUUUCAGACUUCUGGCUAAUGACCUGUAUUAUUUGAUGUUCAUAUUCCAUAUUUCUUUCUUUUUUUUUACUACUGUUUUUAAACUCCUUAGUAAUGUUAAAUUCCCCUUAAGAGAUAAUCUUUGGGAAUGGCGUGUAUGCAACGCUUACUGUAAGGUCUGUACUUUUGUUUUAUUCCAAUCAAAUUAUUUCCUCUCACUUCAUUUGACUUUUCCUGAAUGGUUUUCCCCUAUUCCUUUACCUUUUCAUUCUUUGCCUUGGGGAUGGGUAUUCUUGUAUGAAAAACAAUAAAUUAACUACACCUUAAA